AUGAAGUUACACCAAGUUGCACGAUUCUCAAUCAGUGCAUUAAAUUUUGGGGUACCUGGAGAUGUAGUUACAGCAAAUUUGACGAAAGGCAUUGAUCAUUUAAGAAAUCCGCGACUAAACAAGGGUCUCGCAUUUACUUUAGAAGAGCGUCAAGCCUUUGGGAUCCAUGGGCUAUUGUCAAGUGAAUUCAGAACCCUUGAACAGCAAUUGGCGAUAUGUAGAUUGUCAAUCGAUAGAUAUAGAAGUUCGUUGAAUAAAUAUCUCUAUUUGUCGGAGUUAUUGGAUACGAACGAGACGUUAUUCUAUUGCUUACUACACGAUGAUAUUGAAAAAUACAUGCCUCUGAUUAAUUCUCCAACGGUAGGGGUUGCCUGCAUGAGAUUUGGCCUCGUGUAUAAAAGGUCCAGGGGUCUCUUUGUGACUAUACACGAUAAAGGUCAUGUUAUUGAUGUUUUGAAAAAUUGGCCAGAACGAGACGUUCGUGUGAUUGUUGUCACCGACGGCGAAAGAGUUAUGGGUUUAGGUGAUCUUGGGGCACAUGGUAUGGGAGUCGCUCAAGGCAAGACAACAUUGCUAACUGCUCUUGGAGGAAUUAAACCACAUCAGUGUCUGCCAGUCUGUUUGGAUGUUGGAACUAAUAAUGGAUCGCUUAUAGAAGACCCUCUGUACAUCGGCAUCCGAGAGGAGCGGUAUCCACGCAAGGAUUCUGAUGACCUCUUGUGCGAAUUUUUUGCCGCCUGUAAGAAAUUGUAUGGACCACAAACUCUUAUCAUGAUGGAAGACUUAGCAAUGCAUAACGCGCAUCGUCUUCUAACUAGAUUUCGAGAUGAUUAUUGUGUGUUUAAUGAUGAUAUCCAGGCCACCGCAGCCACAGUGCUCAGCGGACUCAUGGUAGCUUGCAAUAAGAUCACUAAUCAAAAACUUAAAGACAAUACUUACUUCUUCUUUGGGGCUGGCUCUACGGGUGUUGGGAUAGCGAAUUUGUUAUGUGAUGCUAUGAUGGAAGAAGGACUUACAAGCGAAGCUGCUAGAAACAAAUGUUAUCUAUUUGACAUUGACGGUUUACUAUCACGGAACCGAAAAGCGGAAAUACCAGCUCACGCUAGAGACUUCGCUCGUGAUUUGGAACCUGAAAUAGAUUUUCAAACUUGUAUUAAAAGAUUCAAACCGACUUGCUUAAUCGGUACAUCAACAUCCGGAAGUGCAUUUACAUCGUCCAUAUUGAAAGAAGUGGCAAAAAAUACCGAAAGGCCACUAAUUUUUUCGCUGUCAAACCCAACCAUUCAGUCUGAAUGCUCUGCUCAGGAAGCUUACGACUACACGGAAGGUCGUUGUAUCUUUGCUUCUGGAUCUCCGUUCCCUGCAGUAAAAUACAAGGGUAAGAAGUUCUAUCCUGGUCAAGCCAACAACUAUUACAUCUUCCCCGGAGUUGCGCUUGGAGUUGUCGCUGCGAACGCUUUAAGGGUUACUGAUGACAUGUUCGUUGUAGCUGCUAAGAGUUUAGCACGAAACGUGACUGAAGAAGAUAUAAAAGUUGGUCGCAUUUACCCACCCGUCAAUAAAAUGAACAAAAUAUCUUUGUCUAUAGCUGCUGAAAUCGUGUCACUCGCGUGUGAUCUAAAUCUUACAUAUCUAUGCCCAAGACCAAAUGACUACGUAGAAUUUGUACGGAAUCAAUCGUAUAAAUUUAAAUAUUCUACUAAUAUUCCGAGAUUUUAUUCUUACCCGGAAAAGGCAAUUAUCAAACUCAAGAAUAUCGAGGUUCUUCACAAAGGUCUUCUUCCACGCAAGAGAAGGCCGCGACCAAAAAGUGAUCCGCCAAUAUUACUAUAA